AUAGUUUUAAUCACUGUUGUGGGGGUAGUGUAAUUUUAAACUUUUACCUUGGUGGCUUUAUCUUCAAUUUUUUUAAAACUAUUUUCGCCGACAUUUAACUUUUCUCCAGAUUCCACUUCAUCAUCGUAUUAUGUCUGGUGAUGAUGUAUCUCAUCAAAUUUUGGCUGUCAUCCAAGCUGUUCCAGCUGGCGCCACCAACGAGGAUUUGGAAAAACAAUUGCCCGACAUUACAGCUGCCAUCCGUGUUGAAGGUUUAAAUAAACUUCUUAAACAAGGAUCCAUAGAAGUGUUGAAGAAGGGUGACAAACUUGUCUACAGGUCGAAGGAUCCCAAGAAGAGCGUUCUACCAAAGGAUGCUGACAAUGAAGAGAAGAUCGUAUAUGGCAUUAUUGAAGAAGGUGGCAGUAAAGGCAUAUGGAUUCGAGACAUACGCAUACAAUCCAACUUAAAUAUGACGCAACUCAAUAAGAUAUUGAAAAAUUUGGAAACCAAGAAACUUAUAAAAGCUGUGAAAUCAGUCAACGCAAGUAAAAAGAAAGUUUAUAUGCUUUACAACCUUGAACCGGAUCGUUCGGUGACCGGUGGAGCUUGGUAUCAGGACCAAGAUUUUGAAGCUGAGUUUGUUGAUGUUUUAAAUCAACAGUGUCUACGUUUCUUACAAAUGAAACGUGAUAAUGCCGAAAAGAAACGUGAAGGUCCUUUGACAUUUAAACAGAUGUCAUGCUGCACGGUUAAAGAAGUUCACAAAUUUAUAUCUGAUUUGGGCAUUAGUAAGGUUAAUUUGGAUGAGGACGAUUUAGAAACUAUUCUCAAAACAGUGGUCUAUGAUGGUAAUGCUGAAAGAAUUUUAAUGUCUGAUGGUAGUCGAGUAUAUAGAGCCAUAAAUUCUCCAUUGGCUCCUCCCGGUUUAGUGCAAAUGCCAUGUGGUAUAUGCCCAGUUAUUAAGAAUUGUUCAACGUUUGGCGAUGUUACUCCUACUAAAUGCCAAUACAUGAGGGAAUGGCUUGAUUAAAGAGUUGGUUAGAUUCACAUAAAAAAUAUACGAAAUAUUCGUAACAAAUGAAAUGAAAA